CUGCUUACGAAUAUUUUAGGCCUUCUGUACUGUCACAAGCUGCAUCAUUUAAAAAUAUCAUAACUGCCAGGCCAUCGAUUAUCACCACAGUAACAGUUUUGUAUUGGGCCUGGUUUAUUCUAUGAAACGAGAAAAGCCCGUCCAUACUUAUUUUGACGAGUAGAAUGGAGAGAUCUAAAGAUCAGGAGUAUUAUGGCGUCUACAGUGAUAUGUCCCAGACCUAUUUCAUAUUUCCCUAUGAAGACGACGGUAUUCUGACCUGUUUACAAGCUUUCAUCGAUGAAUCGAGUGGGACACAUUCAGAUGUCAGAGCAGAUGGAGAUCCCCAUACCAGUGUAGCUGAACGAGGUGCAGUGGAACCUGUAACAGAGCUGGAAAGCAGCACUGCAGCUGGUUGUGCAUGGACACCUGAAGGGGAGGGUCACUAUAGCUUGAUGUCACACUGUGGAGCACUUUUUUUAGAGUGUCUAGACCAGCCGGGGGAGAAAAUAACCACACAGGGGUUGAAUAUUUGUCAGGCUGUUGGUGGAGGUAAUGGGCCUGGACAGACUGUGGCUCUAAACAUCUGCGAUUUGAGUCCCCAUUCUCUGCGAUCUGGGCAAACCUUUCCUGUCACAGAGCUUCAGUUUGAGUCGAUGUCCCAGGAAGAAACAACAGAGCUCAGUGCUACUCGUGGAAAAGUUAUGACUAAUUUAGAAAACAUUAAAAAGGAAAACCUACCAACAGAGGGCUCCACGAUGGCUCCACCCUACCUGCCUCCAUCCAUCAUCCCCCCCCCGCAGCCUGGGCCCGACUCCCUCUCCUCCACAUGCUUUAUCCCACCAGUGUCUCUUGGAGCAGAACUGAGCUACAGUACCCUGCCCAGGUCCUAUGUCCCUCAGCAGACUCCCUGUGCAGUGUACGACAACUCAGUAGUACUAGCAACACAGAGAAAGCCCGAAACAUCACUUAUUCGAAUUUCAGAAUUUCCCGGGGACUCCAGAUCGAAAAGGCCGUGCAACUGCACUAAAUCCCAGUGCCUGAAAUUCUACUGUGACUGCUUUGCAAAUGGGGAGAUCUGCAGCAACUGCAACUGUAUCAAUUGCCACAACAACACUGUACAUGAGUCAGAGAGAAUUAAGGCCAUCAAGACAUAUCUAAAGAGGAAUCCGGAGGCCUUCCAACCAAAAAUCGCUAGUGGAAUCCUGGGGGAGCUUAAUGGCCGUCAUAACAAGGGCUGCAAUUGCAAGAGAUCUGGCUGCUUGAAGAACUACUGUGAGUGCUAUGAGGCCAAGAUCAUGUGUUCCUACAUCUGCAAGUGUGUCAGCUGUAAGAACUAUGAUCUGCGUCUAGAGCGUAAGAUGGGCUUUUCCGAGGACUGGAGCAACAAGCAGGACACCAACCUUUACGGUAUAGACACAGAUCAAAGAUGCAAGUGUCCUCUGGCGUGUGUCACGCUCGACGCCGUAAAAGCGACAUGUGGCUGCCUCAUCGCUCGAGCAGAGGAGGCAGAAAAGGAAGGCUUCACUUUGCCUCAAGCUGAGGCAGUGAUCUUGUGGGAGUUUGGCCAGGGCCUGAUGCAAAUAAUCCAGUCAAUUUUUAAACACAAGGACCUGCAGGUCUAGUUUGAAUGGAUGCAACAUGACUGGUUUCUUUAAAGCAUUUAAUUCAUGAGAAGAGCCCUUCUUAUGCUUUAAAACACUUGUUUUAUUACUUAUAAGAAAAUGUUUGCUGUACUCUGUAUUAUUUGUUUGUAACCAUACAGUGUUUUGUUAGUUAUUUAUUUCUGAAUGUAACUCUAUGCAUGUUUUAUUUAUUCCCAUUUAAUCAACAUGCAUGUGCAAGAUACAUGUGCAAUAACACAGAUUUUCACUUUUAAAAUAACUUGCCGAAGUAUGUUGUUUUAAGAAAUUCCUUUUUUUUUCCUAACAAGGAUUUACUAAAUUCCACCUUUGUAAAAUUGUCUUAUCAUAUUUAUGAGGUAGAUAGUGCAGUAAAGUUCAAUAAAAAUAUUGAAUUCAAAAUUA